UGGAUGGUAGUAAAGAACAGCUUUGUCACAGAGGUGGAAAAACUUUCCCGGUUUCGCCAUCCCAAUAUUGUAGAGUUUGCUGGUUAUUGUGCUGAACAAGGCCAUUAUUGCCUUGUCUACGUCUUCCUUCCCAAAGGCUCCUUGGAGGAUCAUUUACAUGGACAGGCCGGUCUUGGCCUUAGUUGGGGCCAACGACUCCAUGUGGCCGUGGGCGUGGCCAGGGCCAUACAGUUCCUGCACAGUGACUCUCCCAGUCUCAUCCAUGGAGAUGUGAAGAGGUGAGAGAAAGGAGGAGAACUUCCCCCAAGACAGGAUGCAACCAUCAUAAGGGGCAUGAUUUUCAAUCUAGAAGUGGAGAGGGUGUUGCUUCCUCCAGAGGAGAGGGCGCCCUCUGCUCCUCCGCCCAUUCUCUGUUGGGAGGAAGUCUGGGUUCUUGCAAGGCAGCAGAUCCAUGGCUUUGUGCCCCAUGAUGCCACAAGACAGCAGGCAGAGAGGGAGGAAGUCCGCCUGUCCUGAGGAAGACAUCUAAGCGUUACGUCUCAUUUUUGGCAAAACCAUUGGAAAGUGUACGUCUGUUGCUUUGGAAGGAAAACGAGGCGUUUGACUUCACUUUUGCCCUUGCCAUUUUUGGAGCGUGCGUUUGUUUGCUUGCUUGCUUUAUUUACAGGCUGCCUUUCUCUCCAUAAGGGGACCCAGGCUGGCUCACAAUAUU